AUGGCUUAUGAUGGAAGUUUUGAGAAUAUCAGAAAAAGUGACAGUUUAAAUGAUGUGGUUGAAGUGAUUAAUGAUAAACUGAAUGAGUUGAUAGAUGAAGUAAACAAAUCUAGAAUAGAAGGAAAAGAACAGAUAAUGAAUGGACUUUGUGCUUUCUGUGGAGCAGUAGCCUGUGCUGGUGCCUGUGUCGUUACUGGUGGUUUAGCUGCUGGACCAAUCUUGGCUUAUAGUGCAUUAGCAGGAGGAGCAGAUGCGAAAAAUGAAGUAGACCAACAAAUAAAUGCUAAUAAUCAAAUUCAAAAUCAGAUAAAUGAUAUUAUUGGUAAAAUAAAUGGAACUAUUCCACGCAAACCUAAUGAAACUGAUGAAUGGUUAAAUACUCAGUUAGGUAUUCUAACUGGCAAUUUAAGAAAUGGUGAAAGUAGAUUAAAUGAUCUAAGAAAGACUUUGGAUACUCUAAGAAAAGAAUUAGGAGGGGGUAAUUCCUUACUAAGUUUUUUAGGUCUAAAUAAACUAGGCUUUAUGGAGAAAGUGAUGGUUAUUGGAGGUAUUGUAGUGGUAAUUUUUUUGUUGAAAGGUUAA